ACCGAGCAACCGCUCCACGCUUUUUCGCGCGCGCGCGCGCACGUGUGUGUGUGUGUGUGUGUGUGUGUGUGUGUGUGUGUGUGUGUGUGUGUGUGUGUGUGUGUGUGUGGGGCUGGAGUAAAAGAGAGUAUCUUUCACACUCCGGGUCUGAGGGAGGGGAACGAGAAGCUUACGUUGGUGUCGGCAGGUGCCCUCCCUCCCCUCAUCAAAUUUUUACCACUGACAUGGUGACACUUCUUCAGAAGUCCAGGUUCGAGGCGGCUCGUGCACAUAGACGAAGAGCAGCGCGGAUGCUCGCCACUUGUAAGCAGGUGGCACGCUUCAGACCAAGACCUUGUUGAAGCCGGUGAUCUCUAAAGACAAACCUGCUUAAAAUCAUUUGAACACUGACUGAAGCUCCCUUUAAACUUUCUCCGGUUCACAUCACGUUAUAUGCGCGCCUUGCCGGUGCCAAGCGCGCGUGUCCAGCCGGCGCUGGCGAUGCAAUGCCGCGCGACCACGGCGGCGACGAAAGCACCUCUGGCCUCUGGAUGAAAGCGUCUCCAGGGCGCCGGGGAGACAAUUACGGCCUGAAGGAUGUGGAAGGUGGACGCGGGGCGAUGAGCAACGCCGAGAGUGUGCGGAGAGCCCGAGGCGCCCGUCUUAGUCUGCUGGGCAAGCCGCUGGCGUACGGGGCGCAGAGCGGCCGACGGAACGCGCGCUACCGGAAGCUUCAGAACUACCUGUACAACGUGCUGGAGAGACCGCGCGCCUGGGCCUUUGUCUACCACGCGUUUGUCUUCAUCCUGGUGUUUGGCUGUCUGGUCCUGUCUGUGUUCUCCACCAUCCCGGAUCAUAUGGACCUCUCUAACCACUGCCUACUCAUACUGGAGUUUGUCAUGAUUGUUGUGUUCGGUCUGGAAUACAUCAUUCGCAUCUGGUCUGCCGGAUGCUGCUGUCGCUACAGAGGAUGGCAAGGGAGACUGCGCUUUGCCAGAAAGCCCUUCUGUGUCAUAGACAUCAUUGUGCUCAUUGCGUCCAUUGCUGUUGUCUCGGCCGGCAGCCAGGGAAAUAUUUUUGCCGCGUCUGCACUGCGCAGCCUUCGCUUCUUACAGAUCCUGCGGAUGGUGCGCAUGGAUCGACGAGGGGGUACCUGGAAACUACUGGGAUCUGUAGUGUAUGCCCACAGCAAGGAGCUGAUAACUGCCUGGUAUAUUGGGUUUCUGGUACUGAUCUUCUCCUCAUUUCUGGUUUACUUGGUGGAAAAAGAUAUAAACAAGCAGUUUACCACCUAUGCUGAUGCACUUUGGUGGGGGACGAUCACUCUUACUACCAUUGGCUAUGGGGAUAAGACACCACAGACCUGGCCAGGCCGGCUCCUGUCAGCGGGUUUUGCUUUGCUGGGGAUCUCUUUCUUUGCACUGCCUGCGGGGAUUCUAGGCUCAGGGUUUGCCUUGAAGGUGCAGGAGCAGCACAGACAGAAACAUUUUGAAAAGAGAAGGAACCCAGCUGCCAGUCUAAUACAGUGUGUUUGGCGUAGUUAUGCGGCUGAUGAGAACUCGGUUUCCAUUGCUACCUGGAAGCCUCAUUUGAAGGCAUUGCAUACCUGCAGCCCUACAAAGAAAGACCAGGGCGAAUCCAGCACAAGCCAGAAACUGAGCUUUAAGGAACGUGUGCGCAUGGCCAGUCCUCGUGGUCAGAGCAUUAAGAGCAGGCAGACAUCUUUGAAUGACAGACGCUCUCCUGUGACUGAGGUAGGGACAGAGGGGAGCAGCCCAGCCAAAGUACAAAAGAGCUGGAGUUUCAAUGACCGAACACGUUUCCGACCAUCGCUCAGGCUCAAGAGCCAAUCACGAACAAUGCCUGAAGCUGACAGUCUGGGAGGAGAGGAAUGUUUUGAUGAGAAGGGCUGUCACUGUGAUGUCACUGUAGAAGAUCUUUCUGCUCCUCUGAAGACAGUCAUCAGAGCUGUUAGAAUAAUGAAGUUCCAUGUGGCCAAGAAGAAAUUCAAGGAGACUCUGCGGCCAUAUGAUGUGAAAGAUGUGAUUGAACAGUACUCCGCUGGGCACUUGGACAUGCUGUGCCGUAUCAAGAGUCUCCAGACUAGGUUGGAUACAAUAGUGGGUCCAGCACAGACCCUGAGCAGCAAAGCCAAGACUUUUUCCUCUCCCUCCCUGCACUCAUAUUACAGCCAAGACAAGAGGAAGCACUCAGCCCCAGGACUUGUCACAGGCUUGUGUCCACAGCAGAGCCUCAACAGCAAAGCCAGGAACCUGUCCUCUCCUACUCUGCACUUGUAUUACAGUCAAACCAAGAAGAAACACAUCAGCUCAGGGGUGGACCAGAUCUUAGGAAAAGGGCAGAUACCCAUGGACAGGAAGAUAAGGGACAGGAUCCUUCCAGAGGGCGAGUCUCUGGAGCAUGACAUGAGCAUGCUUGGCCGUGUGUGUAAGGUAGAGAGACAGGUUCAGUCCAUUGAGUCAAAGUUGGACUCCCUGUUGGAUAUCUAUCGUCAAGUUCUCCAAAAAGGCUCUUCCUCAGUACUGGGCCUGUCAGCCCUUCCUCUGUUUGAGCUGGAGCAGACCUCAGACUACCACAGCUCCAUUCAGAGCAGAGAUAUCUCAUCCACCCAGCUGAGCAGAAGCGGGAUUUCCCGUUCAAUCAGUGAUAACCUACCUUGCGGCCUUCAGCUUGUCCUGGCACCCAGUGAGCUCAACGUAGGCACUGGCUUCCCAGCAUCCUCCUCCUCAUUCUCUCCAUCUCCUCUGCUUCAGAAUCCACCAUCUAGCCCAGACAGUGUGUACCCAGCUUCCCCUCCUCCCAUCCUCACUCCCAACAAUCUCUCCAGAGCUCAUACCAACUUUCCUGAGCUGGCCAGGCCUCUUCCUAUGACCACCCCCAAUACACACACACUCCAGCUGCCCAUUGUGGCUCCACUGCCUCCAAGCAGGCCUUCCAGCAUGAUCUCAGAGACACUGCAAGAAAGCAAUCCCAACUCUUGCCUGCUUAACACCCAAACUGAAGAUGUGUCAGACACAGAGGCUAAAUGUUCAGAGAGCACAGUGCAGCUCAGGAGCAGGCCUGAGCGGAGCCCCAAGGAAGAGGGCUCCUGGAGAAGACACUUGAGUCUCGAAAUGAAUCCAUUGAGCCUCGCAUCUGCAGCAGUCAACCCGCUGCAGGACAACCGGGCAUUGGGGAAGUCACUCUCUGCACAUAACCUCAUGCUGCCAUCAGGCACAGAGUGCCACCCCAACCUGUCUGCUCGGAGUAGUGGCAGCAGCAACAAUGAAUCCAAUGACCGGGAGACACUGACGGACUGGGGAGAAACAGAACUGUUCAUCACUGACAAAGAGCUGGCCACCAGCAAGGGGAACUUCACCCUGCUCUCUCAGCAGAGCACAGACACCAGCUUCUCAACUGAGCUUGUACAAAUGGUAGCCGGUGGACCAGCUCGGAGCCAGACAAGACCGUCGGGCAGCUCAGAGUCUCUAAGCCUGCCUCAUGUCCUUAUAAAGUAAUACCAACACACACAGCAGCCUCAGUGUGGAGACUGGACACACCAUAUUCACUUUUUCCAAAAGGUGGCAGCUUCACUUCUUGCCUUUUCAGCAUCAGUUGAUAAAAAGAUGUGAUGUUCCUCAUAACUUUAUGUUCUUACAUGCCACUGCAUGGAUAAUUUUGUCAUGAUGGGAAUUUUAAUGAAGUAGAAGGUAUUUAGAAUUAAAAGGUGACCUGAAGGAUUAUACUGAAUGAGCUCUGAUCUCAGUCUUGCAUGUGCUCUUGCAUGUUUAAAAUGCAACCACACAUAGGAUUGAGAGUAUUUAUGCAUUUAUGGUUAUUAACAGCCUGCCCAGUCUUUGAAUUCAUAUUUGAGUCUCCUUUUUUAAACCAAUCUUUAUUCAGUUAUGUAUGCCUUACUUAAGUCAAAUAUUUCACCAGUAAUAUAAAUCAAGCAUUAGCACCCUACAUUUUUUGUGGCUAUGUUUAAAAAAAAAAAAACAGUUUUAACAGGUUCAAAUAACCAGUGUUUAUUUUAUUUUAUGUGACUGCAUCAAUCCCAUCACCACUGACAUUUUUCGAUUUUUUAUACAUUUUUAUUGUUUAGCCUCACAUAUUACAUAAUUGAUCUCACAUUUGUAUUCUGUUUUACUCUGUAGCCCACCACAGUCUUAAAGUCAACCUAAAAUGCUGCUUACCAUUCUUCUAUUAGCUGGUUAUCAAUAUAACUUCAGUAAGAAUGUAUGAUGUCAAUAUCUGUUUUGUAUAUCAUAAGACAAACCUCCUUGUGUUGAAGGAUUUCUGUGCAGAGCCUCUGGUACACACUGAGGAUGAGCUUGGCACUGUAGCUUACAACAGUUGGAAGCACAAUUGUUUAAAGAAUUACAAGAAACCUGCAAAUGUGAUGAAAGGUUUUUACAUGAUGGUACAAAACAUGAUGGUACAAAAGUCUCUGGAUGUUGAUUAUUGUUCCAUCAAUUCACUAUAGCAUACAUGUAUUUCAGUUGCGAAAAAUAAUGUAGAUUAAUGUUAAUAAUUAACACAUUUUAGGUUCUUAUUUUAUUUGUAACUAAAUGCUUCAUGGUGCCUUUUUGCAUAGUUUUUUUUUCUUAUGUUACCUGUCCUGGUUUUCUUUAUACUCUUCCUUUGGGAUAGCUAUACAUUCUAUCUGAUUGUGUACUAAGUCAUUUUUUUAUUUGUUUGUUUUUCCACUAAUUCAGUAAUUUAUUACACAAAACUAGCCUUAAUAUACAUGCUUGAUAAUGUUAUUCUGUCAUGCUGAUUAAUUUAUUUUUUAACUCUGUGCACAUAACAGAGCUGAAGCUCUGGGUUUGAAGAAAAAAAAAUGCAAAAAUAAACUUUAUCAUACUUCAAUAAAGAAAUGACUUGAACACA